CAAGAGCUCCCAGCCGGAGGGCCGCUGGAGUCUUGCAGCGACGGCGAGGGACGCGCUCCGCUCGUUUAUCGAACCCUGCGUGUUACUUCAGCGUCUGCUGCCCCCCGCAGGCCGCGAAACGCACCGAGAGCUCCCAGUCCUCGCCGCCCGAUCUUGCAGCAGCUCGCGCCAUCCGCGUCUUGCCGCUCUGCACGGC